AUGAGCAGCAGCAGCAGCAGGAGCUUCUCAGAGCAGCCGCUGGUUGCGCACGUGGACGUUCAGUCGAAGGAGACGGCGCUAGAUCCUGGUAUCGUGUUGUUUGACCCGAAGGAUCUUGUGACUGACGCGGAUUGGAAGCCAAAGACGUCAGUAAAGACCGGUAGCGACCAUUACGACAACAAAAAUGAGAAGGAUGAGGUAGGAGAUGAAGGUGAAGCUGAAGAGGAACAACGAGCUGCAGGAAAUGAAGCAGAUGAGGAAGAGGAAGAAGAAGCUACGGCAAAGGAUGAGAAGGAGUGGACCGAUAAAGCGGUUGUUGUGGAUGCUGGAGCUGCAAAGCAGGCCCGAGUACGUGCUCAUGUGGUCGAAGAGAUUUGUGAGACGGAGAAGAGCUACGUGAGCGACAUUCGUGCGCUCAAUGACCACUACAUUGUAGCGCUUGAGGAAAAGUCCCAUCCGAUCAUGGAAGACGCACAGAUUGCCGUGUUUUUCAACAACCUGCGACAUCUUGUGAUGCUAAAUUCGAAGCUCUUGACGGAUCUACAGGCGAUUGGAGGUCGUCCGGUGGCUUUUACGUCUCUGAAACGACGAACCAAAGGAAAAAAACUAGCGGCUGCAAGAGAAAAUGGUACGAAAUGUUAUGUAAGUCCCGUCUCAGCUGCCGUGGAAUGCGAAGCUGAAGGCGUGGGAGCAGUCUUUUGUCGGUACGCACCGCUGUUUAAACUUUAUGGAGGAUACGCUAAGGAUUAUGAAGAAGUGGCUGCACUGUUGCAGAAUUUCGGACGCGAUGCCCGAUUGGGAUUUUCUAAGUUCUUAGAAACAUGUCGCGCAAAAAGCGGUUCAUUAAAGCCGUUUGAUAGCUUGCUGAUUAUGCCGAUCCAACGCAUUCCACGAUACAAACUACUCUUAGAGCGUCUCUACGAGUUCACACCACCAGAACAUCCCGAUGCUGCUUUUCUGAAGGAGGCGGUAAACCGAAUACGCAGUGCGGCAUCGCUUAUUGAUGAGAUCGUGGGGCGCCAGGAAAAUCUUGAGAUCGUGCUGCAGGCCCAGCAAAAGUUCUCAGGUCAGCUGUCGUUGUUUACAGCUGAUCGAAGACUGCUGAAGUCGGGAAAACUUACCAAGAUGUCGACAAAGCGACAGGAAGAAGUCAUGAUACAUCUCUUCAACGAUAUCCUCCUGUACAGUGGUAUCUUAAUCACUGGCGGCUACCGCGUUCGGCGAAUCGUUUACUUGCAUUCGAAAGCUGUCGGUGUCAAGACCGACCUACCUAUAUCGGUCCAAGCGCUAUUGGAUCAGCAGUCACGACGCCGCGCUGGUAAAGACUGCGGCUUCGUCGUUACUAGCCGGGAGAAAACGUUCAUCUUGUUUGCAGAGAGCUCUGAAUUGCAGCAUGAGUGGGUUACAGCCAUUUCGAGUGCUGCAAUAGAAGCCCAGAAAGAAAAACAAGCUAGGAUUGGUGAAGAUAGAGACGGCGACGGCACAGAUUUCGAGUCGUGCGAGGGACCUGCCGACGCAGCAGCUCUGUGGGUUCCAGAUGAUGUUGCAGGGUCAUGCAAUAUUUGCCAUGCGUCAUUCCGCGCGUAUUAUCGAAGAAGGCAUCAUUGUCGCCGGUGUGGAACGGUAGUGUGUGACACCUGUUCCACGGGACGUGCACCGUUGUUUGUUGGUGAAUCGUCGCGUGUGGAACGCGUGUGCAGUCCUUGUUUUAAAGUCCUUGACUUAGUGCGUCAAAUUGCACUACAAUGGUUAUCGAGAGUCGUCGAGUUUCGCGGUGUGCUGCGCCGUCGACACUUAAACAAGUGGAGUGAACACUACUACGAGCUUCGAGCAGGGGUGCUCAAACAGUUUUUGCUAGAAACAGCAUCGAUUGGUUCUACACCAGCGGGCCAAAAUGGUAUUGCUGUAGGCUCUGAAAUUAGAGAACGGGCAACUGGUGGAAGCUCGGCAAACUCCAGAACAUUUCGGUGCUGCACUGACGAGCUUUCAGUUGCUGGUGCUAUCGUGAUCCAUCGGUCCGACAGCCGGGCGCACAAGAACCGCUUUUGCUUCCAAAUUUCGACGACUGAGUACGAUGAGUCUCAAUUGAGAAUCAGAACAGAUGGCAGUGACAUGAAACAGUACAAAGCAAGCCCAAGCCGCUUAACUCGGGCGGCCAAUAGGUCACUGAGCAAGGUGUCUCCGUUCCGACAAGCUGCCAAUUGCUUCGGUGUACCUCGUCGACGAGACCAUGCAGUCUUUUCCGAAAAACCAGAUGCCUCCUGUGAAACUGCCGUAAUGACAGUCUUGCCCUCCCCGGUACAUCCUGCACCAUCAUCGUUGCCGAGUCCAACGGGUGCGACGAUGCCUGAAAACGAGUGGAUUUUAUGCGCUUCAACCGUCCAGGAAGAGGUGGCAUGGCGUGUUGCAAUUCAGAGUUCAGCGGACAAGGCACUGCAUCGCAUGCGACGUUCUCGCAUCACGGAAUUUCCAGGUACACUCACUCAGAGCGGCAUUCUAAGCUUGAGUAUCAGUGUGCCUCGAAGUAGUGUGCGCGCUACAAUGUCGGCGGUGUCAGCCUCUCGUUUCAUAGGCUCAAUUGAAAGGCGACGCUUGUCAUCCCUUGAUCAUGGCCGUGGUACGGACGCCGAGAUAUCAACGGAAUUUGCUCACUCUGCAGGAAAGGACAGCGAUGCAUGUUUGCUGGAGCGCCGCCGCCGCCAAAUUUUGAAGGAGAUCAUUCGCUCCGAACAAAGCUACGUCCAAUGUCUGAGCGAGUGUAUUCAUUUGUUCGUCCAGCCUUUGCUGCUGCGUCAACUCGAAGGCCGGCAAAUGCAUCGACGCCGCCAAAACAAGCGUAGAAGGUCCCUUCGACCCGUGCUUGGGGGACCUCUCAGUACUUCUGCUCGAGUAGCUGCACCAAAGCGGGACCAUUAUCGAGCAGCUAGCAAUGGAAGCGUUGGGGCUAGAUUUGCGCGAAGGGGCGCUAGCAGCAACAAUUUGCGCACAGCGCUCAACGCAUCGUACAGUGCAGCUUCAAAUUCGGCGUCACCGACUUUGUCAGCGACUUCCACGCUCAAGAUGCUAGUCAUGGACGCUGAUCUGUCCAUCUUUUUCAGCAGUGUGGAUCAAAUCUACACGCUUAACCAGCAACUGCUCGAUCAUUUAUCGCGUCACCUCGAGGAAACCAGCUCCACAUCGGCACUACCAUCGCGUGUGGGGAAUGGUCCAGGCGAAGGUAAAGCAACUGAUUUUUCCGGCGUUAGAGUGCACCGGACUGGAGCCAUAUUCCACGCCUAUGCUCCCCUGAUGCAGUUGUACACCUCGUAUGCAAGUCGUCAUAGCGCGGCACUGUCUGCAUUGGAGUCGCCUCAAUUUGCUGGAUUUCUGCGAGAGCUGCCUCCCGAGGCUGACGUAAAUCGCUUACGACGCUACCUGAACAUGCCCGUGGAGCGGAUCCCACGUUACAAAAUGCUUCUCAAAGAGCUGCUAGAAUUUACCCCACCCGAACACGUCGACUUUGUACCAUUGCAGUCAGCGAUCCGCAGUGUGGAUCGCGUGGCGAACAAGAUCGAGGAGAUAAGCGAGAUACGUGAGAACGCAGCCACUCUCGCGACUGUGGGUGCCAAGUUGGGGAUGAAUCUCUCCGGGCGACACUUUAUUCGAGACGGGAUGCUGCGUAAAGUGUGCCGCAGCAAGGUGCAAACGUACUACUUCGUGCUGCUGGAGGACGCUAUGGUGUAUGGACGACAAGGAGGUAUGCACAAGAGGAAGUUCCACUUGCUUGAUCUUUGGGAGUGCAAGGUGGCGGAUGACACAGGGACAAUGCCGGGCGUCAUAACAACAGUCGUGAACUCGAACAACGCCUUCUGUUUCUAUUCUCCUCUCAAAUCGUUCAUCUUGCUGACCGAGUCAGAGGAAGACAAAAUCAGAUGGACGACCGACAUUCGCAACUGCAUCGAUCGAAAUCUCAGCGGCAAAACCCAUCCACGGCGCACGAGUCUUCGCUCGGAGCUGUUAACGGACAAUGAUGGCGACUCCUCCAGCGGAUACGAGUUGGAAGGAGGCUUUGCUAUAAAAAAUGGCUGGCUGAACGUUCUCGAGGGUGCUGCAGUGAGUAAUUUUGGUCACGGCAGCACAGUGGCAAGCAGCACUAGUGGCAAGAAAUCUCGACGGCUCUGGAUCACGCUGACACUACAAGCUAUCUCGUUGGGCUCCACUUUCAAGAGUGCGCAACCUGAGGAGACGAUUCCCAUCGAGAUGUGCAAGGUGACCCCUAUCAAGAGCGAAAAGUACUUUCGCCUCCAGCUUCUGACUGAUGUCAUGCGCACUCACAGUACGUACGUGUUUGAGGCACUGUCGUUAACGGAGAGAGACGAGUGGGUCCGAGCGUUGACACAUUGCAUAUCGGGGGGAGACGAGCUGGCUCUACGUCGUCGCAGCCUCAAGACCGCGACAUUGGCCCCGAUUUUUAUGUUCGACAAGGUCUCGAACGUCUGCACCAUCUGUAUGCAUACCUUCGCAGUGUAUCGGCCACGUCACCACUGCAGAUUAUGUGGGUCGCUCGUCUGUGGCAAUUGUUCGAAACGGCGGUGGACCCUUUCGUACAGCUUGAGCAAGAAAGCGUCUCGCGUUUGCGACAGUUGCGCCACGUCGGCCAUGAGCAUCACGCGGACGUUCCCUGCCGAAGUGUGA